AUGUCGCGUCAACACUCAAAACCUUCUGUUUGCUUCUGCAACAAGCACACUAUCGAAACUAUGAGAUCAGUUGGACAAGCUCCUACACUGACUCAAUUAAAUCAAGCCAUCACAAGCGAAGCAAAGUAUAAUAAAAAUUGGUCUGCUGCUAUCUCAUUAUUUCAAGAUUUGGAUAAAUUGGUCUGGAAGAGAUUAGCACGUUUGGAUAACCUGAGUAUGACCGAGAAUUUGGAAAAGUUAACACUUACACAACUUUGGUUUCAGACGCCUGUCGCAUUACGUCCACUAAAUGAAAGUGAAAUCAAAUAUAUCCGACGGGUUUAUCAGAUAAUGGUACGAUACUCUCCAACCGUCAAUGAUGCAACUAAAUAUUAUUUACAUUUACUCACAAAUCAUUUGGAUACACCAAUAUUCGAUGAUGAAUGCAUUAGUCAUUGUUUGAUAUCCCUCAUUUAUUUGAUUUCUAAGAGUAACGAUGUUGAUUUCAUGGAAAAAGGACUAGAAUUAAUACAGAUGGCUUUAGACCGAAAUCUAAAUAAUAAGCAACUUGAGGUUUUGAUUGAUGUUUCAAAAGAAAUUUUUGAAUAUUAUGGGUUAUGUUUUAAUCAAUUCAAUGGUUUAAUAGAGGAGAACGUCUUUGGUAAUCAAGGAUCCAUUCAUGGUAUUAGAAACUCAGUAGGUCGUAAAAAGAGUGGAAGACGUAAUAAUCGUUCUUUUCUAAUUCCAAAAUCAGAUCUCAUGAAUGAUAACCGUAGAAAACAAAGUUAUGACAUGUACAUGCAUGAUGUUGAUUGA